CAAUUCUAUUUCCCAACACACACAAAAAAUCAAUCUACAAUUUUAUAUUUUAAUCAUGUAAUUCAUGUAAUACAUCCAUAUUUGGAAACGAUAACAAAAAAAGCGCACUGUUGCAACACACACACAUUGAAAUAUGUUGGGGAGAUUUAAGAGAAAUUUAUUAAGAGGAAUUGGUUCCGAUGAAAAAAAUACCGAAUUUCAACUGUAUAAACAAUAACAAAUCAAUGACAACAAAGAAGGAACACAUUAAGCAAACACGUCUCAGCAUUGACGAUCGUGUUAAAAUUUUAGAACGUCUUGAUAAAGGAGAGAAAGGUGUGAUUCUAGCACAGGAGUAUAAAGUAUCUACGUCGGCAAUAGCAAACAUAAAGAAAUCGAAAGAAAAUUUGUUGAAACAAAGAAGUUCACUUAUUAUGUGUCAAGGAAAAACGUCCAAAAAAAGAUGCACAGGUGUUGAAAAUAGUCGUCUUGAUCAAAUGUUGUAUGAAUGGUAUCUCCAGGAAAAAAACAUAGGGAUUCGUGUCACAGGACCAAUGUUGCGAAGGAAGGCAUUGGAAUUAAAUAAAAUACUUAACGGUCCAGAGACUUUCAAAGCUUCUACAGGAUUUUUGAAUAAAUUUAAAGAAAGACAUGACAUUAUUUUAUCAGUUCGUGGAGAGAAAGACACUGAUGGAGAAAAAGACUCUACUGUUCAAGAUGCAAGCGAUGACUUGUGUCAAGAAUUGACCAAUGAUCAUGAAAAACAAGACGACUGGGAAAUAUUAAAUCAAGUGGUCUUGCCUGAAAACUAUGAAGAUGACAUCGAUCAUGAAGGAAAUGAAGAAAUAGAAAUAGAAAUAGAAAAUAAAGAGUAUUUAGAUGACAAUAAUUCUGAGAAUGAUAUUACAGCAAAGAAUGCUUUUGAUGCAAUUAAUACAUUUAUCUGUUGGUACCAAAAUCAAAAUUAUUGUUCACCUGAGGAUUGGCAAUAUUUAUGGAAAUUUUGGAAACAUUCACUAGAUCAAACUCUUCUUGCAAAGAAUAUAUAAAUUAAAAUAAUACAUUUAUUUAUUUUUGUAAUAUAAAAAAUAGAAAAUUAUAUUUAAAAAAGUACAGUAUAAAAAAUAAUGUAUAAUAAACUACAAAAUCUUAUAAU